AUGUUUCCUCUGGAGUGUUCACUGGUAGUUCUAUAUGCCCUGAGUAUUUGGACUAUAGGAUAUGCUAAAGUCAACUGCGGUGAUCAACAGGUUCAGAUUGAACAACAGUGCUGUGACAAGUGCCCCCCAGGUAAAUAUGUGAAGGAGUUCUGCACAGAGCACAAGAAAACUCUCUGUAGCCCCUGUAAUGACGGCUUCUUCUCGAAUCAAUACAGCAUCUUUGACAGAUGUGAAGAAUGCCAGUCAUGCCCAUAUGGAUAUGCUGAGAAAUGUACGCCCAUCACAGAUGCAAAAUGUUCAUGUCCCCCUGGUUUCCUGUGCUCCAACAAUGUCUGUUCUGCUUGUGAGGAAAACAAACACGUCACACAGGAGAAACUGAACAUGACAGACUAUCUGUGCCCUGAAAAUGCCUAUUUUGAUGCGAAAAACAAAAUCUGCAAGCCAUGGACACAGUGCAGUGCGAUUGGACUUGCUGAACUGUUUCCAGGAAACCAAACCCACGACUCAGUUUGUCUUGUACUUGCAGCGGUGCACAGCAGUGAUGGAGAACACAUUCAUGUGAUUCUUGGCAUCAGCUUUGGUUUGGUCUCUCUCAGCCUCCUUGUGUUUCUGUGCUAUGCCUGUACAAAGAGCCUAAGGAAGCUCAAAGCAAAUAAUUAUCCUGUCUUAGUGACCUCUACCAACACUGGUGACUUUCACCUGUCAAAGGAGGAGAGUGGACUCCAGUUCAUCAUUCAGGAUGAAAGCAAGGACAGCAACACCUUUGGCGAACUGCAUGUGGGAAAAGUCACCUUUCCUUGAUAAAAAGUCUAAGAUGAAAGUCUGACUAACUACAUCUAUACGAUACAGAAUCAGAACACCCUAUAAACAGUGGAACGUGUAAAGGUUAGAGGUGCAGGCUUCUGAAUGAAAGGUCCAAGCUUUGAUCUCUGGACUGAUCACAUAGACCUGGACAGGAAGCUGAGAGGCCAGCAUGUGCGCCUUCCCUUUUACCACUGUUGAGGUUCCCUUGGGCAAAGCACUUAAAUUCUGGUCCAGUAGUGCUACUUUUGUCAAGUAUAAAAUAAUAAUACAAAGUAAAAAUAGGAAAAAACUAAAUCUGUGAAAAUCUAAAGACUGAGGUAUUUCAUUGUCUAAUGUGCACUUCACUUCUCCAGAUAUGGAUGGGGUGUGACUAAAGGUUAUGCUUGGAUUUAGCUGAAAUUAUUUGAAGAAUUACAUGUUUUUCUAUUACUAAGGGACUUAAACAAAAUUGACAUUACAACCAAAACAUUAGUAGUCUUCUGUAUAUUUAUUUGUAGGGAUACACUGACCAAUACCUCAGCUCAGGGUAUCUGCCGAUACUGAGUACUGAUUGGAUACCAGUCCUCUUAUAUUUUCCUAAAUUCAUUAAUUUAGUUUAAUGUGGAUAGGUCACAUCGUGGCUGAUAUCCAUGCUUAUGGUAAUAAGGUCAUAAUCAGCACAGAUACUGAUCUGGCGUAUGAGAUUACCCUUAGUUAUGCAGGGAACCAUAACGGUAACCCAUUCCUGAUACCCAUUCCCAAGAUUUUAGUAUACCAGUGUGCUCACAUAUAAGGAUAUAAUGAGAGAGGUUUGACAGAGUGGACAAAAUCAUGUCAUUAUAAAACUUUAUAAUAAAUGAUAUACUGUA